GUGACGCGGCCCCGGGCCGCUGUGCACACAGGGGCUCUCUCGGCUUCAGGAAGAGUCCGGCUGCACUGGGCUGGGAGCCCGGCGGGACACAGACCGGGAGGCUGGCAGCCCGCGGGCGAGCCGCGCUGGGGGGCCGAGGCCGGGGUCGGGGCCGGGGGGCCCCGAGAGCUGCCACAGCGGGGUCCCGGGGCCGCGGAGGGGUCAUGGCUGCCGGCGGCAUCACCUCGCUUCCCGCACUGCCGGAGGACGGCGGCGCCGCCUUCCCACCGGGCCACUUCAAGGACCCCAAGCGUCUCUACUGCAAGAACGGCGGCUUCUUCCUGCGCAUCCAUCCCGACGGCCGCGUGGACGGCGUCCGCGAGAAGAGCGAUCCACACGUCAAACUACAACUCCAAGCAGAAGAGAGAGGAGUUGUGUCUAUCAAGGGAGUGUGUGCCAACCGGUACCUUGCUAUGAAGGAAGAUGGACGGCUGCUGGCUUCUAAGUGUGUUACAGAAGAGUGUUUCUUCUUUGAACGUCUGGAAUCUAAUAACUACAAUACUUACCGGUCACGGAAAUACUCCAGUUGGUAUGUGGCACUGAAACGAACUGGGCAGUACAAACUCGGAUCCAAAACGGGACCUGGACAGAAGGCCAUACUCUUUCUUCCGAUGUCUGCUAAGAGCUGACUCACUUUAGACACU